CGCACGGCUUCCUGUGUGCGCACCGCCGUCUUCCUGUUCCUGGUCACAUUCGUAUGGCUCCAGCUGCACGUGGCCAGUCUCAAUGGAAACAGGCAAGCCCCUGGAACUGACACUUCGGAGAGCAACGACUCCACCGCCGCCAUCCUCAGCAUGGUGCCUCAGGUACUGCACAAGUUCCUGACGCCGAAGCCUCGAAACAGCAGCCAUGCAGUGGUGGGCACCAAUGUCAGUGAAGGAGCAGGGGCAGUAGGCCUGAUCGGGCCGAACGCUGGUCGGGCUUCUUCCCCUAACAUCUCGGACAUCCGCCGUAACAUUGAGCGCUACAACGACAUGCAGCAAGUACUGAACGAGGAGCUCUUUGGUCCCGUGCAGAAUGACUCUCUCAUCAUUGUUGUGCAAGUACACACGCGCAUCAUCUACUUGCGACACCUGAUCGUGAGCUUGGCGCAGGCACGGGACAUUGACACGGUUCUUUUGGUGUUCAGUCACGACUACUAUGAUGAGGAGAUCAACGAGCUGGUCCAGAGUGUAGACUUCUGCAAGGUUAUGCAGAUCUUCUACCCCUACUCUAUACAGACGCAUCCGAAGGAGUUCCCCGGCGAGUCGCCCGGAGACUGCCCUCGCAACAUCAAGAAGGAGCAGGCGAAGGAGAUGCUGUGUAACAACGCACUGUAUCCUGAUCUGUACGGGCAUUACCGAGAGGCAAAGUUCACGCAGACAAAACACCACUGGUGGUGGAAAGCGAACAGGGUGUUCAACCAGCUGGAGGUGACACGGAACCAUACAGGCAUGGUUCUGUUUCUGGAGGAAGACCACUUUGUAGCUGAGGAUUUCAUCCAUGUGCUGCGGUUGAUGGAGAGAACGUGCCACACAAGUUGCAACCGCUGCAACAUUCUUUCGCUGGGGACGUACCUCAAGACGUACAACUACUAUGGGGACUCCAAGAAGAAGGAGGCUCAGAGAGCCCUGAAACGUCAUCAGACUUUCUCUCCAGGGUCAAUCCCUCCAUCUUGGAGCUUCCAGAUCCUCCCCACUCUUUAUCAGCACUACCAGAAGGCGGAGGUGACGCCGUGGAUCAGCAGCAAGCACAACAUGGGAAUGGCUUUCAACCGCAGCACGUGGCUGGAUGUACGUCACUGUGCCGAGUUCUUCUGCACGUACGAUGACUACAACUGGGACUGGAGUCUGCAGCAUAUUUCUCAGGGUUGCCUGAAUCACAAGCUGUAUGCGAUGGUCAUGAAGGGCCCUCGUGUCUUCCACAUCGGGGAGUGUGGAGUCCACCACAAGAAAGCGAACUGUGAAUCCACAGCAGUGAUAUCGAAAGUUCAGCAAGUGCUAAAGUAUGCCAGCAAACAUCUGUAUCCAAAUUACCUAACACUCACUGUGACCAACACGAACAAGAAGCAGAAGUUGCGUAAAGGUAAUGGUGGCUGGGGUGAUGUGCGGGAUCACCAGCUCUGCAUCAACAUGACUCGCUCGGGAAGGUAGUAUAAGGCGAGUCUCGGACCGUGGUGAGCGUCUUGGGAUGAUUUGCCAGCCCACUUCUUCAAGAACAGUCCUCGUCUGACGGUCACUGAUGUGAAACCAGACUAAACUUCCACUAAGUUCAGAAUGGAUGUUAAAUUGCGGUGCCGGUAAGUGUCGCAAGUGAGCCAGUGGCGUUUGCACAGUUGUACAAAAUAUAUCUCUCUGCAAGAAAAGUUAUUGUAACAUUUAAAGUAGUAGUUUCUUAUUCGGUGAAGUUAGCUGUUGCGCUGACAUGUUUGUGAAAUGUCUUGCAGUUCAACUCUACGCUGGAUCACAAGUGGCGUAUGGUUACAGUGCAUUUGUGUUCAGGCGUUUCGACUGUGUCGUUGCCUGAUCACAAGCACCAGCUGAAUUGAAUGAAAUUUAUUUCUUACUACGAACAUGGAGUUGGCUAUUUCAUGACAGUUUUAUUCUGUUUUCUUUUGGAAUAUUGAAAUGCAAGUGUGAAGAGUUCGGAUAGAGUGUCUGUAAUAAUGGCCCUUGUGUCAGGAUUUGUGUAUGUAUUGGUUUCUUGACAUCACUGCCAUCUUCUGACGCCCAUUCACCAUUCUUCUCUUUCCAUCCAGAAUUUAAAAAUUCCCAGGUUUUGAAGUACAGAUUUGCGUAAUUCGUGAUAAAUCACUCGGUAAAUCUAGAAUUCCGACACAAAUUUUCCUAACCUGCUCCAUUUGUUACAAACUUAAUGAGAGGGUAAAUGUGGUCUUCUCAUUGUUUCUACCGUAUUUAAAAUGUCGGAUUAUAAUUUUGAAUUAACCGGGCUUAAUCGCGUGCAGGUUUCAAUGAGGUGUGUGAAUUAAAAAUUGGCCCUUUAAUGCCGAGUUCUUUUUGAUUUGCUUGUUAAAUGACAGAUAUUACAGGAAGGAGUUAAUCUUCGGAUAUAAUGAAAGAAUCGGAACCGAAGUCUUGAUCCGAAGAGAGAAUUAUUUAGUAUGUGGUGCUGGAAUUGUGAUAUUAACAGCUUCAUUGCCUGUUGACCUCCCAAACUGGAAUUUGCUUCCAUCCGGUAACUUUUUUCAUGUAUUCGGUUGACUGUUAUCACAGAAAACUGUAAAUUGCACCGGAAGACAAAUGUCUUAGGAUGGAAGUACAAAGUUCUGAAAACAAGGCGACUUCCGCUCUGCUGUUGUAUAACAUAACCAAUCAAAAUGUUGCCAGCACUGUGAAUGAACAAGACUUGGAGCUUGUACUGCUGUAGUGUUAGUGUAUUUGAAGUUUGCAAUUGAUUUUUGACAUUCAUUUGGAUAGUUGUGAGAUUCAAAGCAAUAUUUAUGAUGUGGUCUCCAAUCUUCUUGCCCGUUCAUUCCAAAUUGUCUGUAGCAUAAUGCGUGAGCAGACGUGCAUGGUACAGGCUGCUGUAUAAGCUUAAGAAAUUGUUUGUUUGUUAGUUAUGAAAUAAGUAAUUUAUUUUGAGGCAUUGUAUAUCAAGGGACAGUUAUUUAACAUACAGAGAUAAUGCCUUGGCCUUCUACGACAGGCAAGUAUUAACAGUAAUUUUAGAUUAUAAUCAGUUGCCCCUCUCUGAAACCCAAAAGGAAUAAAAUAAUUACAUAUUUAUCAUUAAAUGAUUUUAUAAAGCACUACAGGAGAAAUUGUAAAGAAAACGUCAAGAGCUCUGAUUGGAUUCCACAAGAAAUUACCAAUGCAGGGGAAGAAAAUUCUCAGAGAAAGGUGAAACAAUUCUGUUUUGUAAUAUCCAUAACAAAAGAAUGUUUCUCUCUCAUUUUGUUUAUCCGUCCCUUUGUCGGUCUUCCAACAUUUCCCUUCUUUGUGGAGCACAACUCAAAACUGUCUUAGGGAUUUAAUUUUCCUCUGUAAUUUCAAAAUGUUCCCACCAUUUAUUUCUGUAGUCUGAAGUUUCAUUUCACUGUAGGAUUUUGGAUUAUGCUUUUAUUUUCUGAAGGUCAUAGGCACAGAGCACAGUCGUUCUACCUAAGUUUUUCAGAGCUAUUGCUCCUGCUAGUGAUCUCAGAAAAUGAACUUCUGAUCUGUACGAAAUGACAUCACUUCAGUUCUGAAAAGCUGGUUUCCACAUCAUGUGGUUUGUACAGCACUGCACUGGUUUUGUUUUAUGGGUGUUUACGCAGAACGUAAGAUGACUCGCAGAUCGACCAACAAGAAUCAUUUUUAUAUCUCAUUGUGUCUGCUGGUAAUCAAACUGAAUCAUGAUUUCGUUUAUUUCCUGAAUAAUAAAAUUCAAGGUUAAAAGUGAAGUUAUAAGUUACCAUUUGGAUGUGGGGCGUUAACGGUGAUAGUUUGAUGUUGGAACUAGGAACUGUGACUUGACAUUGUUUUUUUUUUGUUUUUUUGUAUGUACGUGAUAUAUAUUUUUUUUUUACAAGACUGUAAGCAGUUUAAAGCAUUGUACACUAUAAAUAUUUGAAUUGUCGUUAUCAUUUAAGGUACUACAUAGUGAUUGCUCUUUGUGUCACGUGAAGUAGCGGUGACCCACUCGGACAACAACAUGUCGGCGUUUCAUGUUGCAAUGUGAUAUCUUGCCAGACACUAUCAAUUGUAUUGAUUUUUACAUUUUUGUUUAAUUGUUUGAAUCAGUGUACUCCAUUAUGGCCUACUGUGCAAGGUUCUUGCACAUGAAAGACGCUUCCAUAUCAGUUAGCACAGUUUUGUGCUUUGUAUGACGUACGGCGUUUGAUGAGUCAGAUUUAUUGUCGUAAUUAGGCGAUUGCUUGUCACAGUAACAUUUUUAUUUCUUGUUAGUAUAAGUAUAGGGAUUGGUGGUGGGCUCUUGUGAACAUGGUAAUGAAUUGCUUAAAUGCCAUCAUGUAAAACAGAUGCAACUAUGACCCAGAGAUCUAAAACCCUUUGAAAGGGUCAGAGCACUGCGUUAAUAUUCACAGCUCGGGCAGUCUCUCCCCCGCCUUCGUGCUGUAAAACAGUGACAGGAUUAAUAGGGUCAGAUGAGUAUUGUUUUUGUUGGUAUUUACCAUCUGAUUGUGUGUGUAAAUGUUAUAAAAAUUUGUUUUAAAUCGUCUGUUGAGAUGUCACAUUGCUUGAUAGCUCUGGUAACUGCGGAUUUAUAUUUAUAGUUACGCGCACAGCACAAGGGCAUAGUUAUUAUUUUUUACAUUUCUGUAAAAAUGUGUACCAAGUGCGAAGUGAUGCUUUUUUAAUGCUGUCAUGUACUUCUUCUUACAUGAUUCUGAAUAUAAAAUUGUCCUGGAGAGAUGAUUUUACAUCAUCUCCUCCUGAAUUAAGCUUAAUCUUAUAUUAUAUUGUAUAAGUGUACUGUGUAUUAAAUGUAUGUAUGAUAAUGUGUAAUGGAUAAAUGUUAGGGACUGGUUUUAAAUGGACACAAUACCUAGUGAUAUUUUGAAAGUCACAUUAUGCGCGUGAGGAGCGUCACAGUUUAAAGCCGCACCACACAUAGAUGCAGUCAAAAAGUUCAUACUCUUCAUUUGGCAGUGUUUGAUAGCUGGAUGUCGGCCGACAGUUUUCUCGCAGCUGAAACUACUUCGCGGUGUAAUUGUUCAUCAGUUUCGCAGUUUUCAGUUUUAUUUUUUCAGAUCAUGGUUGCCAUCACCUGCCACUUGAACUUUUAUGGCUUCUCUUAACCAUUGUCAUGACGGCGCUACAGUCCAGAAGAUCAUCAGUACUCGAGUUGCUGUGGAAACCUAAACUCUUACUCUCUGGCCAUGCUCACAUAGUUAAAGCAUUGCCAUGUAUAGGAUGAUUAUGUAGGCCGCCAGGAACAUUGCGGACUAUAAAAGAAAUAGGUUUCCUUAAUUUUAACAGAAGUGAAUGAGUAAAGUUGUGGACUCUGGACUGACAGCCCGGCAUUACAUGUGGCUUCUCCCUAAAUACGAAGCUUUAUAUGCAAUGUAACUGCACUGACAGUGAUGUGAUGGUGUUGGCAGCAAGCCAUAAUGCUCCAAGCAAAAUAUUUUUUAUUUAUAAGAAAAUAUGUAUUACAAAGCUAAUAACUUUUUCAAAGAAAGCAGCUGUUAUUUUUUAUUGGGUGAAAAGAAAUAGUUCUAUAGUUGCGUGUCAGUAUGUUGCUGCACUUUUGUUUUUUAAUUGUAUAUUUAAAAAAAUUUGUUUGUUUAUGUUAUUAUUAUUAUUAUUGCUGUAGACUCUCAUUAAUUCAUUUAUGGCAGUUUUGCAGGUGUGUGUAAUUAAAAUAGAAAACGAAAUAAGAUGAUGUAAUUAGCCCGUUGGUGUACAUUCCUGUCCGUAUAAAUUUGUAACGAGCCUGUUUGUUAUUUAAUGACAAAA